AGGACACAAAGAAGCACCUCAUGAUUAGUCUGCCAGCAUAAUGACGUCUAUAAACAUAACCAAUGAAACAAUUAUAAAACGCAAAGCCGAUAGACAACGUCUCCUGAAAGAAAUCAAUGAAAAGCGUGAGUCCAACUGCUUGGUGGAAAGAAGCAAUCAAGUCAGCUUACUGAGAGUUCAGAGGAGGCACUUCAGUGGUGCCUACCAGUGCCAUAUUUAUAGCCAAACCAAAGAACCUGUGCCCGACAGUGGCAGGAGCUCCUGGGUCGAACUGAGUCUCAUUGCUCACAUAGAGAAGAAGCACUUCCCAUCCAAACAUAAUGCCAUAUUUGGAUAAAGUGCAUCCCCAGAGACACACAAAAAUACCAUCUCUUUAUCCUUCUUCAGUAUCUAUUUACACUAUUUACAAAUGUUAAUUAUAAAAGAAGUCAAAAUUAUUUGCUAGGUCACCAAGGAAAUACUUUGUUAAGUCAUAUAACAUGUAUUACAUCUUCAUCAAUUUCAUUCUAUCAGUCAUAUUUUUGAAGGGAUGAGUUAUUAAAUAUACUUCCACCCAAGUUGGUGUGGCUCAGUUGGUUGAGUGUCGCCCUGUAUGCUGAAAGGUUGAGGGUUUUGUUCCUGGUCAGGGCACAUACCCACCUUUCAAAACCUGUGGGAAGCAACUGAUAAUGUUUC